CCGCCCCCGGCCCUCGAUUUCCGAGGCAUUGGCCGCGCCGCUGGGUGAUCCCUCCGGGCUCAAGUUGCAAGGGGGCGGGCCCCGGCCGGAGGUGGAGUCUCCCGCCAAUUGAAGCCUCGGCUAUAAAUCGAGCUCCCCGCACGGCCGAGGCCCAGAUGCCUCGCCGGGCCGCCCCGCGGUCGCUGGUGGGGGAGGGUCGCGGGUCCCAGGGGGCUUCGGGGGCGGCAGCCACCAUGCUCCGCUCCCUGCUGCUUCACUCCCUGCGGCUGUGCGCCCAGACGGCCUCGUGCCUCGUGCUCUUCCCGCGCUUCCUAGGCACGGCCUUCAUGCUCUGGCUCCUCGACUUCCUGUGCAUCCGCAAGCAUUUCCUGGGCCGCCGCCGCCGCCGCCGGGGUCAGCCCGAACCCGCCGCCGAGCUCGACAGCGACGGCGAGGAGGUGCCCCCCGACGACCCGCCGGUCUGCGUGUCCGAUGACAACCGCCUGUGCACCCUGGCGUCGCUGAAGGCCGUGUGGCACGGCCAGAAGUUGGAUUUCUUCAAGCAGGCUCACGAGGGCGGCCCGGCGCCCAACUCGGAGGUGGUCCUGCCCAACGGCUUCCAGAACCAGCACAUCCUUGACUACGCGAGGGGAAACCGCCCGCUGGUUCUCAAUUUCGGCAGCUGCACCUGACCACCGUUCAUGGCGCGCAUGAGCGCCUUCCAGCGCCUGGUCACCAAGUACCAGCGCGACGUCGACUUCCUCAUCAUCUACAUCGAGGAGGCUCACCCGUCGGACGGCUGGGUCACCACAGACUCGCCCUACAGCAUCCCACAGCACCGAAGCCUGGAGGACCGGGUCAGCGCGGCGCAGAUACUGCAGCAAGGUGCGCCAAGCUGCUCUCUCGUCCUCGACACCAUGGCCAACUCCAGCAGCUCGGCCUACGGGGCCUACUUCGAGCGCCUCUACGUAGUCCAGAAUGGCACCAUCAUGUACCAGGGCGGCCGUGGCCCCGACGGCUACCAGGUGUCCGAGCUGCGCACCUGGCUGGAGCGCUAUGAUGCGCAGCUGCGAGGCGGCCAGCCGCGUCCAGUAUAGACAAUCAGUGGACCGUUGACCGAACUUGGCGGACGGUGCCUUCGAGCCCUCGAAGCCCACGUGCAAACGCCCCAAACCAAGUCAGGUUUGCCGAGGGCCCAAUGACACAGCCGUGCUGAGCCUCGGGUGGCCGGCUGAGCCCGUGUCCUCAGCCAAGCCGCCCCAAAAGCCUCUCCCGCCUCCCUGGACUCUGUGGCUGUGACCGCCCCUCCCCUGUACCUGCCUGGCUGCCUCUAACGUGACGCCACCCUUGCCUGUGUCCCCACCCCCACCCCACUUGUCCUCCCCCCACCCCCGGAGGCCCCUGCCUCUCUCACGCCCCCGCCCCAGAGAUAAGAGCCAGCGUGCCUUCAGCCGGGAGCAGAGCCCCUAGCACAGAGACUUCGGCCGCGCCCGCGCACCCUCGCGCACAGCUGGGUUCCAGCAGCGCCCGCGGCUUACCCUAGUUGCCUGGCACCCACACCUGUCGCUCCCAGGGAGGGGGUGCCCUGCUGCUUUUGUGUCUAUUUCUUGUCCCUGGGCUGGGGGUAGGGGCUUGGGAUGGGGAAGGGUGGGCAGGGUCGUUCCCCCCCCCACCCUCAUUUGGGGUGCUCACGAGCCCCACUGCUGAUGACGAGCUAUCUCUAACUGGUCUUGACCACGAGCUGGUUCUGAGCCGCAGGGGGCUUGCAGCAGCGCCAAAUACGAGAGAGGGAAAGUACUCCGGGUUUCCGGGAGGAAGCCACCAUAAAGGGGGAGAGAGAGGGCGUUUGGGGGACGGUUUCGGGGCCAGAGGAAGCCAGCUUGACAGGCACUGGCGAGGUUCGCAGCGCCCCAGGAAGAGGGAAGAAGCUGGGGCGCCUGGGAAACGGGGUGUGGGUGGAGGAGUCCAGGGCGAGAGAGGUGAGGGGAGAGCCUAGGGACCCCGAGUGAGGGCCUCGUCCGUAGGCAGAGCUGCUGACUGUGGGGCCGGGAGGUGGGAGGCCCCUGGUUCCAAGGCCAUUUGUGAGUGUUUUGCUGGAAAUACUCCCUGUAUAUAAACUUCUUUUAUGCUACAGUAAUAAAAGCUUGAAGUAAACUGCU